UGUAUGAGCGAGAAUCACGACCAUGAACGUAAGCCAGCCGCUGUUGAACCAACAGCUGCCGUUCAGGCAAACAAGACCAAACCAAGAAGACGGCACAGACCACGCCAAAAGCCUCAAGACGGAAUUAUAAAUGGCGAAGGAUCACAGCCAACAAAACCUGAUCAGUCCGGUACAUCUGUUGACGAUCAGGCAUCAUCCAGUGCGCCUUCGAAAAAACCAAGUCGAAGAAGAAGAAAGGGAGGAAAUAAAAAGACCGAGGACAAUGCCAAAACCAAUGGCGUUGAUUCCAAGCCAGAGGAAGCGUCCGAGGCUGCUCCAGCCAUCGUAGACCACCUUACUCCCCGCACACCCAAAAGUCGCUUCAACAAGAAUCGCGCACAAGCUCAGCUUACGAGCGAAAAAGCAGAUGUUCCUGUAGUUAAUAACUUACCCAGCAGCAGCAACCCGGCUGCGGUUUCCAAGAAGCGAAAUAACACGCGCCGAUCUCGUAAUCAAAACAGUCGUAUCAGUCAACUUAAGGAGGACGAAAUCAAGGAUUUGUUGACUUCGCUAACGCACGGAUUGACGACAUCAACAUAUGAUUGUAUGAUCUGCUGGGAUAUUGUUCGGCCUGGGCAUCAAACCUGGAGUUGCGAUUGCUGUUGGGCAGUAUUUCAUUUGGGGUGCGUUCAAACCUGGGCCACUAAAUCCUUACAUGAGGCAACAAGUAAUCUACCUGUCAAGAACUGGAGAUGCCCAGGUUGUCAGUACACUAGGACGGUGAUACCCAAAGAUUAUGUAUGCUUCUGUGGAAAGACUCUGAAUCCAGAAUACAACAAGUAUAGCACGCCUCACAGUUGUGGACAGCUUUGUGGCAGUAAAAGAGAUUGCCCUCAUGAAUGUGUGCUUCCAUGUCACCCUGGACCUUGUCCACCUUGUAGUGCGAUGUCACCGGCGACGUCUUGUUUCUGUGGAAGCGAAACUUACCAAACACGGUGCGUUGACACCGACUACUCUUCGUUGGGCCGCUCUUGUGGACGGAUUUGCGGAGAGCUUUUGGGAUGCGGCAAACAUUCUUGCAAAAGCGAGUGUCACGCCGGUCUAUGUCCUCCUUGUGAUGUAGAAGAAGUCCAAACGUGUUACUGUGGUAAACACGAAAGGACAGCGAAAUGUGGAAGUGGCAACCCAGUUGAAAGUAAUGGCCAGCUUGGGUACUACAGCUGCAAGAGAACAUGUAAUCAUCCUUUCGCAUGCCAAAAACAUACUUGCUCCAAAGUCUGUCAUCCUUUGGAGACCACACCACCAACCUGUCCCUUCGACCCUUCAGUGGUAACAACCUGUCCUUGUGGUUCAUCAACUCUCGAAGAAGGCUCGCGUACGUCAUGUACCGAUCCCAUUCCGAUCUGCAAGAAGGUUUGCUUCAAGCCGUUAUCAUUGUCUUGCCGAUGUGGAUCGUCCAAGUUUGAAAAUAUUUGUCACACGGUUGUGGAGGCCGCGGGCGGCGAAGUACCACAUUGCGACCGUAUUUGUGGUUCGUUGAAAACUUGCGGAAGACAUCACUGUACAAACAAGUGCUGUCCUGACGCUAACUACACAAAGAGCAGUGGGAAGAAGAAAGCUCCUAUUACCAAAGGUGAAAGCAGCAGCGCUGGUGUGCAUGAAUGCGACUUGAUGUGCGAUCGGAAAUUGAAGUGUGGUCAACAUACAUGCAAACUUCCAUGCCAUAAAGGUCGUUGUCCGCCUUGCAUGGAGGCGGAAUGGACUGAGGUUAGCUGCCACUGCGGAAGAACAAAACUGGAUCCUCCUGUUCGUUGUGGUACUACAUUACCACCUUGUCCGGCUCCAUGUGUUCGACCCAGUGCUUGUGGACAUGUCCGUCUAUUGAAUCAUAACUGUCACCAAGAUAGUGAACCUUGUCCACCAUGCUCGGUACUGAUAGAGCGAAGGUGCAUGUGCGGAAAGUCUCUUUUGAAGAAUAUUCCUUGUUUUAGAGAAGCUCCAAGCUGCGGUACGGUUUGCGCAUCCCCACUACCCUGUGGACACUUAUGCCGUCGCGUCUGUCACAAGGACCCUUGCUUAGCUGAUGGAGAUCACUGUAAGCAACAAUGUGGAAAAAUCAAGAAGUGCGGCCACGCGUGUGAGGAGAAAUGCCAUGCUCCAAACAAGUGUCCAGAAGAGAAAAAAUGUUCUGCCAAGGUCAUCGCGACGUGUGAAUGUGGGCUUCAAAAGCUCGAAGUUGCAUGCAAUGCUACAGCCGCUUCCAGUGGCUCUAAACGAGUAUUAGCAUGCAACGAUUACUGCGCUCGCAACGACCGAAACCGUAGACUAGCCGCAGCACUUGAAAUCAAUCGGUCUGCAAAUCCCGAAGAGUCAGAAACAGUCGACUACCCCGAAGACACGCGAAAUUUCUAUAUAAGCAACCCAACUUGGUGUCGCGGAAUAGUGACACAACUGGAUGAAUUUGUACAGGACGACAAGAAGCGUAACCUAAACUUCAAACCCAUGAAGCCUCCUCAACGCAAGUUUGUUCAUGAAAUGUGUGAAGUUUAUGGUCUCAAGUCAGAAGGCAUAGACCCUGAGCCAUAUCGUAGCGUGAUCGUUUCUAAGGCGCAAGGCGAUGGUCGCAUACCGAAAAACCCAAUAUCCAUAGCUGCCUAUCAGAAACGCAAACCUGCCGGGUCACUAGCCAGUGUUACCAACACUAUUCCACCCAUUGCCAUUGAGCAACUUCGCAAGCCAUUCAAGCCUGCUAUUAAUGCGAUAUACCUUGCAGAGCUUGGGUUCGGACUAGUGAAAGAAGACCUCGAUAAGCACCUGGAACAUGCUUUUGGCUCCAUUAAAUUCGUAUCAAAGUGGUUGGACACUGAUGCUGUUGCCAUGCCCUACACUGGUAGCAUGUCUUUGGAAGAAGUAGAGACUUUCCUGCUACAAAUGCGUAAAGAACUUCGCACAACCCUGAUACAACAAGGCGUGGCUGCUCAUGUGGAUUGCUGUUGGGUCAACCGACAUGGCGAAAUAGUCUGGCCUGGCGGUAAAAGUCCUUACGAAAAGGCUAAAGAUGCUAUCGCUGCUAAGGAAAGCGACCACAAACUUACUCCGGUUCAAGUUGAAAAUACGUAUGGCGCCCUACAAGAGUCGUCUGAAAUCGUCACAGAAACUGAAGACGAAGAUGGAUGGACAACAGUUAAGCGUAACGUUCGACCCACUGGCAGCUUGUGGAAUGAUGUAAGCGAUAUUGCCGGUAUGUACGUUUCGCCUGCUGUACUGCAGAGCCCAUCUUCUGCUGCUACGAGCGCAGAUGAGCCAGUUGAAAAUUGGGAAACCUUAGAGGAAUAGAUACUGUAAAAAUACAUUUGCUCGUUUUUUGCUUUGUUUUUCAUUUUCCCUCCUUAUUUUUUGGAUUCAUUUUACUUUUUAUUUUCGCUUUGUAUUAUAUAAAGUUGUUGAAGAGAAACCAGAAUGUUUGAACAUCGGUCCAUAGUUCACCGAAAUG